GCGGCCCGCCCUAUAUAGGGGGCCGAGCGAGUAAGAUGUUCACUGCCAGUAGCGGGGCCGCGGGUGUGAGGGGACGGGGCGGCGGCGGGCGGGCAGCGCCGUGUCCCGGUUGCUUCCGUGACGAGUGUGACUGAGGCAGGGCGCGGGGCCGCGGCGGUGCCCGGCUCCGAGUGAGAGCGGCGCGGAAAGGGGGAGCUCGGCCCCGGGACCCUCAGCAGCGGGAGCGGAGUUCUCCCUCCCUGCUCGCAGCGGGAGGUCCCGGGCAAGGGCGGCCCCAGGUCGGGGAACCGGGCGGCGAGGAGGAGCCGCCUCGGGAAGGUUCAGCGCCGCCGGCGUCCGUCCCCUCAGGCUCCGCGGGCGGCCGUGCCGGGACGCGCGGGUCCCCCGCCGCUCCCUCGGUGUCCGGCAGCAUGAACAUCCUGCUGGAGCUCUUCGUGGUGACUUUCAGAGUGCUGUGGGCUUUCGUGCUGGCCGCCGCCAAGUGGCUGGUGCGGCCCAAAGAGAAGAGCGUGGCGGGGCAGGUGUGCCUGAUCACCGGGGCGGGCAGCGGCCUGGGCCGCCUCUUCGCCCUGGAGUUUGCCCGACGCCGGGCGCUGUUGGUGCUGUGGGACAUCAACACUCAAAGCAACGAGGAGACGGCGGGCAUGGUGCGCCACAUCUACCGGGAGAUGGCCGAGGCGGCCGCCGCCACCGCCCCGAGAGUAGCUGGAGAUGGAGAAAAAGAUGCACCGUCCCAAUGCACCUUGCAGGUUUACACAUACACCUGUGAUGUGGGCAAAAGAGAAAAUGUCUACUCAACAGCUGAGAGGGUCCGCAAGGAGGUUGGCGAGGUGUCUGUCCUGGUUAACAACGCUGGUGUGGUCUCCGGGCACCAUCUUCUGGAGUGUCCUGAUGAACUUAUUGAGAGGACCAUGAUGGUCAACUGUCACGCACACUUCUGGACCACUAAAGCAUUCCUGCCCAAGAUGCUGGAAAUGAACCAUGGACACAUCGUGACAGUUGCAAGUUCCUUGGGAUUGUUCAGUACUGCUGGAGUGGAGGAUUACUGUGCCAGCAAAUUUGGAGCUGUGGGUUUCCACGAGUCUUUGAGCCAUGAACUGAAGGCUGCUGAAAAGGACGGAAUCAAAACAACUUUAGUCUGCCCUUAUCUUGUAGAUACAGGAAUGUUCAGAGGGUGCAGGAUCAGAAAAGAAAUUGAGUCUUUCCUGCCACCCUUGAAACCAGAGUACUGUGUGAAGCAGGCUAUGAGAGCUAUCCUUACAGACCAGCCAAUGAUCUGCACACCUCGUCUCAUGUAUAUGGUCACCUUCAUGAAAAGCAUUCUGCCCUUUGAAGCAGUUGUAUGCAUGUACCGAUUUUUGGGAGCAGACAAGUGUAUGUACCCUUUCAUUGCUCAAAGGAAACAGGCUACAAACAACAAUGAAGCAAAGAAUGGAAUGUAACACUAUUUUGGAUGGACUAACAUUUAGAGAGUUCUGCUACCCCCUGAGGAAGCUGUUGUAUUAAAUUUCUGUAACUGGACUUGUGCCUAAAAGACAAAGCAACUCAGCUGAGAUACAAACUGUUUAUGUAAGUUCUGGUCAUAUGCCAAUUAUUAGCAAAGGAAAAAUAGAAUUAACGCCUGAUGCAACUCUACAUGCAGAAUAUGAAAGGGUGUAAACAUUUUUUUUGAGUUGUACUCACAUUGUAGAACAGCAAAUGACAUUUUUACAGUAUUUUUUGUAAAGCGAACAAUUUUGUGCCUUGAAUAAUUUGGUAAUCUGUAUUAGUGAAGCAUUGUAAAAGUGAACUUCUACCUCUGUAUCUUAAUGUAUACCAUCCACUUGUAAACUACUAUUGGACAAAUUGUGAUUACUUUUUUUAGAAUGUCUUGUUAAAUAGUGACCAAUGCCUGUGGUUAUUAAAGUGAGCCACCGUUUCCUUAAAGCAGUGGUUGCAAUGCUUC